AUGUCGGGCCCCUAUUCAAACGAUCUCGCUUUUCUCGACGAUGAUCACCACUUCCCAUAUGUGUUCGAAGACGACUUCAACCAGGACAUCCCUAUUUACUCUAAUAACCAGUACCAAUGUGAACAAGCUUCUUACGCAUCCCAAACCUACUAUCAGCCGCAAAACCACCAAGCUUACCCUCAAGCCGAGUUACCUCUGGCCUACGACGACCUACCCCCCGCCAAACGUCUCCGGUCCAGCCGCCGCAUACCAUCUACUAUUAGAGCUACAUAUUUGAGUCCUCCCCGCUCAACGACCCCGGACUUUGAACCGCCCUAUCACGCCCGAAUAUUCUCUCCCAAUUCCCUCCAGGGCAGCUUCUCCGCUAUCCUCUCCUCAUCCCUCUCGCUCCCUGAUUCCGUCGAUCCCGAUGAGCGUCUCCGCCGCCAAUCCGAAAUCAACCACAUCUUCACAACAACCAAAUCAACAACGCUCCCCCCUCCCUCUCCAUUCGCCAAGAGCCCACGCUUAUCCUAUUCUACCUAUUCCCCCACAGAAAUCUAUCGAAUCCGCGCCCCGCCGCAGCUCAUUGAAGUCGCCCCAAUGCUCCCUAAGCACUCACUAGGCGCUUUCAUCCGGAUUGACGACGUGCCGGCGGGCGCCGAGCGAGAGGCGGCGGUGGCGCACAACAACAACCUCGCAGCCGCGCGCCUCAAGGAGCUGAAGCGGCGCAACAACGUCGCCGCGUCGCGGAGCCGGAACCGCAGGGAACGGGCCGUUGUGGGUCGUACCGAGGAGCUCUCGAAUGUGAAGGCCCAAAUGAACUGGUGGAAGGCGAGGGCGGUGUCAUUGGGUGCUAGAGCGAGCGAGUGGGAUGAGUUGCCGGAGAGGGCGGUGCGUGAUGUGAUCGUGGCGGAUUACCGGGUCGACGCGAUGGAUUUCAGCCGUGAUGAGCCUCGGGAGCUUGGGGUCGAAAAGCCCGGGAAGACACUUGUGGUUAAGAAGAAGAAGCCGAAGAAGAAGGAGUGA